UUCCGCUUCCCGGAAGCGGCGAGCGGUAGUGUUUCCGGCAGCGCCGCGUGGAAUCUUCCUCCUGGGUUCUUUCAGCAUGGCGGUGUUUUCGGGUCCCGCCGCGCCAGUUCUGUCUCUUAACGUGCAGGAAGAUGCCCAGUUUCAAAAGGAGGUGGCGCGGGUUCGGCAUCGCGUGGCCCAGCGAAAAAAACGAGAAGAACUUACACCCGGAGUAAUCUUUGUGGGCCACUUACCUCCAGUACUUUUUGAAUCUCAAAUCAAAGCAUAUUUCUCCCAGUUUGGCCGUAUUACAAGAUUCAGACUGUCCAGAAGUAAAAGGACAGGAAAUAGCAGAGGCUAUGCCUUUGUGGAGUUCCAGUCUGAAGAUGUUGCCAAGAUAGUCGCUGAAACGAUGAACAACUACCUCUUCGGUGAAAGACUCCUGGUUUGUCGUUUUAUGCCACCAGAAAAAGUCCAUAAAGAUCUUUUUAAAGGCUGGCAAGUUCCAUUUCAUCAUCCAGUAUACCCUGCAGUGAAACGCUAUAAUCAAAAUCGGACACUUCUACAAAAGUUACGCAUGGAAGAGCGAUUUAAAAGGAAAGAAAAAUUACUCAGGAAAAAGUUAAUUGCAAAAGGAAUUGAUUAUAAUUUUCCUUCAUUGGUUUUAUCUGCUAAGAAAAAAGAAUUUUCAGACAAAAAAGAGGUUUCCACCAAAAAUGAAAAGGCUUCAGGCAUACCUAAAAAGAAGAAGAAAAGAGUUGCAAAAGGCCCUCCUGUCACUCCAGAUAAGACUGUGGACAGCCAGAGCGCCACACCGGUUUGUACACCAACGUUUUUGGAGAAACGAAAAUCUGAAGUGGCUGGAGUGAAUGAUGAUAAAGAUGAUGAAAUAGUCUUCAGACAACCCGUGUCCAGUGUACAAGAGACUCCAACGCCCACUCAGCCAGGGAAAAAGAGACAAAGGCGAAGAAGGAGCAAACAGUAAUUCUGAAUGUACUGUGUGCAGUGUGUCUCACCAAAAGUGUGAUUUGUUGUAACAAGGCUUCCUGAGGAAUAAUGUGCUGGCUGUUCCAGGUCAGGGAGGAAAGCAGUCAGUGAUUUUUGGCUCUUCGGCCCUUGCUGAGAUGUCGGGUGCAUCGCAGCCUACAGUGGUUGGACUCACAGUGCCUUUGUCCUGGUCUCCUCCUGUUCCAUUCGUAUUCUUGUUAGCUCCCCUUGGUUUACCCUGCCUAAAUGUCACUAUUAACUGCAGGUUCAGAUACUCAAGUGUCACAGCCUUUUGUCACCAGCAAAUAAAGGUUGCCAAUCCUGCUUGA